ACAAAUAGCCUGUAAUUCCCCUCCUGGAACGAUUCGUAGUUGAAACAGCAAACAUGUCCCUAAAAAUAGGAAAAAUGCUGGGUGAUGUUCUCGGUCGGCGUGGGCCAGAGUACUCUCAAGUAUGCGACAGCACCGAUAGCAUUCGAGAAGAUACGUUGACUGAGUCGACCGCUCAAGGAUCAAGAGGUAGUAGCAUCUCCAGAGUUAUGUCUUUGGCUGCACUUUUCACUCUUGGUGUGGCCGUGGGCAUGCUGGGCACGAGGGCAGUAUACCAAACAAAAACAUCUACUUUGGGGUGUAGCACUGGUGAACUACCGAUCCACGGUGAUUUUGUCCCUCAGGUUCGUAUCUCUUCUUGCGCUCCCCAGCUCGUCCGCCAUUACCCAGAGUUCGAAGCUCCCCCUCCAGCUGAGGAAGAAACGGAGGAAGUUUGGGACUCUCUGAUUCCGAACGGUGUUGGUUACGUGAUCCACCCUGACAUAUCACCGAAUAUGUCCGUUCUGGGCGUUUUCCACGAACUGCAUUGUUUGUAUCUCAUCCGUCGAGCCUACUACGCGAAUAACACCGUAGAGGAGAGCUUCGACGUGGGCAUUGAACGACAUCCGCACGUCGGGCAUUGUUUCGACUAUCUACGCCAAAGUAUCCUCUGUGCUGCAGAUUCGCAUUUAGAACCUACAACCGAGCGAGUAAUCGGAAACGACCGGUGGGGCUUUCAGCGGCAAUGUCGCAACUACACAGAGAUUAAAGAGUGGGCAGCGCAAUGGAAGGUGUUUGAUAUCGAAGGAUCUUUUGUUCCAUCCUUCUUGCAACACAACCACUAAGAUGGCACUAAGAUGGCGAUCUGAGGAAGAAUGGCGAACGAACGCAAAGCAAGAUUAUAAUUACAAUUCAAUAACCCCAUCAUCACCAUCAUCGCAGAACCCGAAAUGAUCUCCAAGUGGUAUCUUCUCCACACUGUCUCUGUAACAGGCCGUGUGCUUGGUCGCAUAUUCCCGUAGCUGAGCCCAGGGCUU